GAUUACAAUGAUAAAAAUUAAUAUACUGAAUAUAUAUGUUGUUUAGUCUCAGGGAUGGACAUGCAGAAACAUUUUUAGCUAGGAAUCUAGUUCCUGGAGAUAUUGUAUUAUUAAAUAUUGGUGAUAGAGUUCCAGCAGACUUAAGGCUGUUUGAGGCUGUAGAUCUUGCAAUAGAUGAAAGUAGUUUUACAGGGGAAACAGAACCAGCUAAUAAAGUUACACAUGCUUUAGAAAAUGCAAAUGGUAUUUCAAGUAGACAGAAUAUUGCUUUUAUGGGAACCUUAGUAAGAUGUGGAAAUGGAAAGGGUAUUGUGAUAAGUACAGGUGAAAGUUCUGAAUUUGGUGAAGUUUUUAAAAUGAUGCAGGCUGAAGAGGCUCCAAAAACACCAUUACAGAAAAGCAUGGAUUCUUUGGGCAAACAGUUAUCAUUAUAUUCUUUUGGUAUAAUUGGUUUAAUUAUGAUUAUAGGAUGGGUUCAAGGCAGACCAAUAAUGGAAAUGUUUAAUAUUGGUGUUAGGUAUGUUAUGUUUUAUGGUCACUUUUUAUGAAUUAUAGGAAAAUACUAUAUUGUUUGAUAUAGGUAAUGUUAUAGGUCUUAGAAGUUGAUAUACAGACUAAUAAAUGUUCUUGUUUGCAGUUAGUUUCUGUGUGCUUUGACAUUAUUUUUAGAUAAACUUUUUAAUCAUUGCAAAACGAAAUAUGUGAAA